ACAGCUUGGAGACUUUCAAGAAGUAACAAGGGAGAAUUUUAACAACAGUGUUCAAACUAAUAUACUGGGACUUUCAGCAAACAACAAUCAUAUCUUAGCAAGGAUGCAGAGCCCCAUGUGUAUGACUAUGCCGCCCUGCAUAUAAAAAGACCAGCCGCAGUUUGCUAUGGGAUGGACCAGGAAGAGGAGAACAAAUAUGUGUCCCAGCUUCAAGAGGUUUUUACCAGCUGUGACACAACAGGAACUGGAUAUCUGGACAAAGAAGAGCUGACAGAUCUGUGUCACAAACUUCAUCUUGGUGAACACCUGUCGUUGCUCUUGCAGACACUUCUAGGAAAUGACCACUUUGCCAGGGUGAAUUUUGAUGAGUUUAAAGAAGGGUUUGUUGCUGUUCUCUCUUCUACUAUUGACAUUAGCAUUUCGGAAGAUGAAAGUAGUUAUUUGGAACCAGUGAUUCCGGAUGAGGUGAAACCCAAGUAUGUGAAAGGCAAAAAGCGAUAUGGCAGACGCACACGACCUGAACGCGAGGCAGCUGAAAAUGAGGCCAACAAGUUCUUACAAGAGCAGCACCAUGUCAAUAGCAAAAGAAAAAGUCAGCUGAGGAGGUCGUCUUCCCUGGAGAGUGUGGAGAGUCUAAAGUCUGAUGAAGAAGCAGAGUGUGCGAAAGAGACGCAGAACGAGAACUUUGAAUCACAAGGCCAGUUGAGGACAUGGAACACAGACAUCUUUGACAGUCCAAGAAGAAAUUCAAGUCCUUGCUCUGAUAUGACUGAGCACCAGGUGCGGGACAUCUGGGAGGAGCUUGGCAUUGACCCCAAUGGGUAUCUUAACCUACAGGAACUUGCUGCAGUCUGUAAGAACAUCGGCCUUAAAGACCUUACUAAAGAGGAGCUACAGGACUUGUUUACGAAAUUGGACAGGGAUGGAGAUGGAAGAGUAAGCUUUGAAGAGUUCCAAUUAGGCUUGUUCAGUCAUAGUCCCAUUGCUUCCACACCGCUCAAGCAGAGACGACCAUGGACACUUUAUCAGCUUGUUGAAGAUACCAGUCACAAGACUCCCUCACUUCUGUCAAAUUGUGGUGGUUUCCACCUCUUCUCCAGUAUAGAUGAUGGUACUGGAUUUGGGAAUGCGGAACAGAUCCUGGUAAUCUGGGAAGAGGAAGGCCUCGAAGACAGCAAAGAUAUUUUAAUGAGCCUUGAUUUUAGUCUGGAUAAUCAGGUGAACCUUGUGGAGCUCACUACAGCGCUGGACAAUGAACUCAUUGCUACAAAGAACAAAAUCCACUUUGCUGCCCUGGCAUCUUAUAAGCAUGAACUACAUUACCAGCAUGCGCAGAUUGAGCAGGUCAUCAGAGAGAGAGACAAGGUUAAGCAGGAUCUUGAGAGAGCUGAGAAACGGAACCUGCAGCUUGCUGAUGAGGUAGACGAUCACACCAGUGUCAUGGAGACCCUCAAUGAGAGCAAGAUCAGGGACCUGGAGCAGGAGUACAGGCAGAAGCUGUCAGUGAUUCGGUCUGAGUUGGAGAGUGAGAGGGAGCAGUUCAUACAACAGACUGACCAGCACCGGAACAAGCUAGAGACGGACUUGGCAAAUUACCAGAUGGAAGAAGCGUUUUUAAGAGAGAAACUCAACUUGUCUUUGAAGGAAAACAGCAGAUUACAAAAGGAAAUGAUCGAACUUGUUGGAAAACUGUCAGAAUCUGAAAGCCAAGUGUUAAAAUUACAGAACAAUGUAGAUCACAUGAUGAAGGAUAGGAGGUUAGCAGAUCCUCAUCAUGUCGAGCUGUUCAAUCAGGAGGAAAAGUUUGCAGAGAUAAUUAAGGAAUAUGAAAUACAAUGCAGGGAACUACGAGAUCGAAAUGAUGAGCUGCAAAUCCAGCUGGAAACGCUGCGCUCCCAGGUCAGUGAACGCAAAUAUUCCCGUUUACUUGCGAAGAUGAAGGAUAACAAGCUGCUGCACCAUAGGGCAAAAGAAAAAAUCCAUCACAGCCAUCAGCAUAACGAUUCUCCUGGAAAGCAGAGUUUGUCCAGCAAGCUGAGGAGAAGUGUGUCUGCUGUAGGUGUGAAGGGGGUGGGGACCUGUGAAUCAGACUGUUCUCCUAUGAACAUGGAAGUAGAGUUAACAAAGCAUCAAGUUAAAGAACAGCAACAAGAAAUUCAGGACCUCAAAAUACAGCUGGAGACAAAGGUCAACUAUUAUGAGCGGGAGCUUGAGUUGAUGAAAACAAAUUUUGAAAAAGAAAGAAAAGACACUGAGCAGAGUUUUAAGAUAGAAAUCAGCGAGCUUGAGGAACAGAAAGCUGACCUUGAGGAGCUCAACGCAAAGUAUCAGGAAGUCAUUGAUGGCCUUAAAGAACAGCUCUCCAAAUCCGCUCACUAUCAGGAAAUUGAGAAGAAAUUUGAGAAGGAGAAGGUAGAAAUGGAACAACAUUAUGCUAAGGAGAUUGCCGAACUAGGUCAGAGGAUGACCCACGAGAAGGAGCAGUUGGAAGAUGAGCUAAGGAGGCAAAACCAGCAUGAAGUGCAGGCGAUGAGGGAUGAGGCAGAAGAACAACUCAUUCUGAGACUGGCAAAGAUUGAGGACCAGUACAAAAAAUAUUAUCAGAGUUUACUACAGCAAAACCACACAGACAAGACUGAGAUCUUGAAAAAACAUGAAGUGGAGAUUAAGACUUUAGAAGAUAAACAUGUUUGUGAGAGAACCAGGUGGGAGGAAAGUAAGAGGGCACUGCUAAUGCAGUGCAAAAAAGAUCAACUCAAAAUGGAAGAAAAACAAAAUGAAGAGCAAGCUCGUAUCUGUAAAAUAUUUGCUCUAGAAAAGGAAAAAGUAGAAAGCCAUUACAAAAUGCUCAUUGAUAACCUUACAAAGGAAAUAGAGCAUUUAAAUGCUAGUUUAAUUGAAGAUCACAGGUUGUCAGGCUCUAUGAUAAUUGCAGUAAAUGCUGAACAGCAACCUGCAGUCAAAGGACAGCCAUUUUCUCUGAUCACAUCCACCAGUGAGGCAAAUUUGGGGAACACAGGAGAAAUAAACCAGCAGCAGGGUAAUGUACAGCAAAUAAUUUGCCCAGACAGUAUCAUAAAUGAAAAAGAGGAUCCAGUUGAGGCGUACGAAUGUGUAAAACAGAAUGAAGUACAGAAUGUUCAGUAUCAACAGGUUUUAACGUCGUUGAAACUGGCUGAAGAGAGGCUCUCUUUGUUGACACAAACAGAGGAGAGUACAACACUAAAGCUACGGGAGAUGGAGAGAUUGGUAUCCUCACUUAGAGCGCAGUUGCAGGAUGAGACAAAAGCAAAAGAGAUGCUUUUAAAAGAACUGAAAUGCUUUGAAGAAAAAGAAACGCUAUUAAGCAGCAAGCUGAAAAUAAAGGAAGAAGAAUGUCAGCUGUCCGAGGCAAAGGAAAAAGAACUAGCGUCUGAAUUACAGGAAAGUGCGUGUUGUAUCCAAAAGCAGGGGGCUAUGCUUGAGCAGGUUCAAAGGGAGAAGGACGAGCUUGAGAAGCAGGUGUCUGUGUUUACACAACAGGUUGCAGAAUAUGAACACAAGCUACUAAGACAAAAUGAACUUGGUUUGACCACUCAGCUAGAACUGGCUGGUUUCAGGAUCACUACAGAUCAGAAUGUCUGCAAAUCUCAGCAAGAAAAUGUCAGUGUGGACAACACAAUUUUAGUGGACGAACUUGUUGAAAGAAAUGCAGUUUUAUCCCUGCAAUUGAGAAACCUGGAGGAAGAGCUAAACACUCUUCAAAGGAAGUUGAAAGAUACUGAGCAACAUUUCCAAAAUAAGGAAGAGGAGGCUAUCAGGCUAGUCCAAGGUGCCAGACAGGAGCUUGAGAGUGAGAAGAACGCUUUGAAAGAAAAGCUUUUUGAGCUGGAAGAUUUAGUACGGGAAUUAGAGAAGGAACCCAGAGCAAGUCAGGAUGACAGGUUGGAAUUCUCUCGACUUUAUGAAGACAACAGCAUACUCAGGAGUAAAGCAGAACAUCUCCAACUAGAGGUGUAUGACCUGGAAGAUAAAAAUAUGAUGCACAGGAAACAGGUGGAAGAAUUAAAGAGUACAAAUGAUGAGAUUAUUGGUAACUUGGAAGAAUUAUCCAAGCAGACCCAGGAUUACCAGAAGGAGUUGGCAUUGCUAGAUGCAAAGAGGAUGGAGCUGAGUGCUACCAUAUCUCACCUAACAGCUCAGGAGGAAGCAAGCCAGGAGAGCCUCCAACAUCUAAACCUCAAGCUGAGAGAAGUGUCCGAAAAGAAAGAAAUGGUGGCUGCCGAGAACGAACAACUGCAGGAAAAGCUCAGUGCUCUGGAGGAGGAAAAGAUGCAACAGAGCUUAGAUUGGGAACGGGAGAAAGAGCAAUUAGCACAGGAGCUACAAAUGUGCAAAGAAAAGAAUGAUAAAUACCAGGAGGAGCUGAGUCUACUAGUCACAGAGAGGAUGGAGUUAAGUGCAACCAUAUCGGAACUGAGAGCUGGGAACCACGAAUGCCUCCUGCAGAUCAACAGCAGAGUGAGGGAGGUGACCCAGCUGAAGGAAGAAGUGACUGCUGAGAAGAAGAACCUGCAGGAGAAACUCAAAGCUCUGGAGGAACAGAACGUUCAUCAGAACUCAGCAUGGGAAGCGGAGAAAGAGCAACUGGGGCAUGAACUACUGAUGUAUAAAGAAGAGAACCAGAAAUACAAAGAGGAAUUAAACUUGCUGGAUACAGAGAGACAAGAGCUCGGUGCCAUCAUAUCUGACUUGAAAGCCCACAAUGAAGCGAACCAGGAGAGCAUUAGGCACAUGACCAGUCGACUGGAGGAGGUGGCAGAACAGAAGGCAAAGAUGGCUGCCGAGAUCAGGCAGCUCCAGGAACAGAUCAAAGCUUUAGAGACUGAAGCAUUUGAACAACAAUCUAAGUGGGAGAAAGAGAGAGAGCUAACGGAAGAGGGGCUGCAGUUUUGCAAAGUUGAGAAUCAGAAAUACCAAGAUGAGCUGGACCUGCUGGAUACAGAGAGAGCGCAGCUCAGUGCCACCAUAUUGGACCUUAGAGAGCAGUGUGUGCAGAACCAGGAAGAAAUCCAGCAAGUAACCAGAAAACUGAAUGAUCUGACACAGCAGGGGGAAGGCGCAACUGCUGAGAUUGUACGACUGCAGGAAACGCUAGCAGCUCUUGAGGAAGAAAAGAUCCAGCAGAACUCUGAAUGGGAAACAAACAGAGAGCAAUUGGAACAGGGGCUUCAGAUGUCUGAGAAGAAGAUUCAAGAUUUGAUUCUCAACCACGAGAAAGAAAUGGAAAACCUUCUCAGCGGUUUGGAUGAAAGUCAGCAACAGAUCUUCAUUAUGGAGGCUCUCCAAGAAGAAGUAUCCUCUCUGAGACAAGAGAAGCAGUCUAUGGAAGAGAAAUGUCAGCAUAUAACUAGUCAACUUAAAGAAACUAAAGACCAGAUGACACAGAUGCAGCAGAAGGAAUUCAACUUCAAACAAACCCAAGCCGAAUACCAAUCACUGCAGUUAAACCUGUCCCAAGUAAGGGAAAAGUUGGAGGAAUCACAGGAUCAGCUACAGGAAGCAAACACCAAGCUGGCACUUGUGGAGUCUCAGCACAUGCGAGAGUUUCAGCAACUUAAGGAGAAAGCCAGCAACUCUGUGCCUAAGGAGCAGCUGUCUCAGCUACAGAAGAGGCUUCAAGAGGAGCAUCAGAAGGUGCUGCAGGAUAAGUUGAGGUUCCAUGCUGAGCAGACCAACAGGCAGCUGGCUAUGCAGCAGGAAGAGUAUGAGAAGGUUCUGCGAAGAAUGGAAGAAAGGAUGGAAGAUGUGGAAAUGAAUUUGAAGAACAUCCGAAUGAUGCUGCAGGAAAAGGUCAAUCAGCUGAAGGAGCAACUUGAGAAGAAUGCAAAAUCAGACUUACUGCUCAAGGAUUUGUAUGUAGAAAAUGCCCAGCUGAUGAAGGCUCUGCAGGUCACCGAGCAGCGGCAAAAGAGCGCAGAGAAGAAGAACUACCUCCUGGAGGAGAAGAUCACUGCACUAAAUAAAGUUAUUAGGAAUAUUGCACCAGCAUCUCUGGUAGUAUAAAAGCUUCAAGCUGGUGUUUGCACUAAGCCCGCACUAAAUGCUUUGCAGAAAAUGGUUCCUAAUAUCUAAUGUUACUAGCAAUAUGAAAGACUUCUUUUAAAUGUAGAUGACUAUGUUCACAGCAGGGUUGUGUAAUACACUAGUAUGAAAUAAUCUUAAAUGGACAUUAAACACUGAUCUUUUUUGUGUAAAAUUGUGUGUGUACCACACUCCCUAGAAAGCCAAAUUCUGUAACCUGGUUUAGGAAAUAUGCAGCAUUUUGAAACUUUCUCUUGACACUUUAGGGAGUGUAGGACAAAAGCAUAUUUUUUUACACAAAAACACUAGGUGUUUUAUUUUCUCGUUAAGUAUUAUUUAGUAUUUGGCACUCUUAUCCUAUGGUUCUAAUAAACAGUUCUUCUUACAAAAAAAAUCAAGCACCAAAUAUCCUAAAGACUUUGGAUCCUAAGGGAGCCUUCUUGGAAAGUUCUUCCAGUUUAAACCUUUGGCCCUAGCAAAACAAUAGAAUAGAGACUUGUAAUAGGACCCGCUGCUGUGCAGCUGCAUAUUACACUUUUACUAUAUACCUGACUUUCCCAUAAUGAAAGGGCUAGAAGAGAAUAAGCCAUUAAAAUAUUUAAGUUUGUGAUUUGACAGAGGCAGGAAGAUUUUGGGAGUCCAAGCUUUAUGUUUGGCUUUUAAACAUUUGCAUUGAUAUUUAUUAUGUGUAGUGACACCUUGACUAUUAAGAAAAAAACUACCUUACACACACACACAUAUAUAUAUAGUUAAAUGUUAAUCUAAUUAUACAAUGUUUCUGUUUAUAUUUGGAAUUUAAACUAGUUAAUCUUUGGCCCUCUGCUUGUUGAAUUGCAAAUAUGUCUACCUGAUGUAGCAACAUACCCUGCAUUCCCAAAUAUAUAUGAUAUUGGCUAAUAUUUAAGACUUUAUGGUACUAGUAGAUGCAACAAUAUUCCAUGUAACAUUUUUGUGGUGGAAUAUAAUUGCCUCCACAAAAAUGUGAAAUGUUGCAACAAUAUCACCACAAGGUAUGCUUGUGGCAAUAUUUUUUUUAUAAAUUGUAGCAAUGAUUUGUUAUUAGGAACACACAGGGUGGUAGAAAGUCUUGGAUAUCAGGGUUGCAACAUCUUCAUGGUCUUAACACUAACAUAGCUCCAACUCUAACCAGCAAUAUUGACAUUGAUUGUUAUUGGCCCUUUGUUGUACCAGCAAUAUUGUUACCAUGACAACAUCGCUGUUGUGAUAUAUGUAUUUCAUCUGCUAUCAUGACAAAAAUGCCAGUGCAUACCCAGUCACUACAAACUUGUGAAAAGCAAACUGUGGGUACUGUACUAUUUUUGACUUGAUAAUACCAUAUGUAGACACAUACUGUGUGUGUGGUUUAUUCCUAGGCUGGCUAAGGGUGAGCAUAUGUCCAUGUUUUAACAUUCAAAUUGUUUAACAAAUGUUGUUCUUUUUGCUGUUUCAUUGUGCGUAAAGAAUGUGCUGAAACAUUGAGGUAUCAUUGAAAUGGGCUAGCACUAGUCUUACACUUAUUUGCACAUUCAAAGUAAUAUCUAUAUUGCAAAUGUAAUGUUUCUUAAAUCCUGUCAUCAAAUACCGCUAGUGGCAGUAUUCUAGGUUAUCCUUGCUGGGAUAAUCAGCAGUACACUGCUGAAUGCCUGGGGUAGAUUCAAAUUCAAUACAAUCAUACCCAUUUCUGUGUUACUCAAUGGAGAACAUUCACUAAAACUUACAAAUCUUAUCAUUGUUUAGUAAAUGGGCAUUAUCAUGCUAUGGUAAUUGGUGAGACUGAUGAGAUUGGAUAAGCCUUUACUAAACCUAUCUCACAGUCAUUCUGUUCUGUUUAAGGACUGGGUUAGGAGCAACAAUAAUAUACACUUUCAUGUUUUUCUUGUGUAUGUUUAACUAAUAGGUUCACCUAGUAGCAAGGACUGCUGUCAUCUAACAGUAUCUUAUGUUUUUAAAACCCUGAAAGAGA